UUUUUCCCUUUUCUUUCUCCCUUCGCUUUCGAAUCGUCAUCGGCCCUAAUCUGCGGCUUCUGCUCCAUCUCUUCCCCUCGCCGUCGGUAACUCGCCGGAAAUUAUCGGGAAAUCUCUCCGGUAAGUAGAACCCUUAAUCACGAUCUAGGAAGAUACGCCCACCGACAUGGCGGCCGCAGCUACGACAAGCGUUGUGCCGCCUAAUCGACGGCGAUCAAUUAAUGCGCCGGAAGAUAAGUUGGAAUUCGAGACGACGGAGGGGGUUGAGCCGAUCUCGAGUUUCGAUCAGAUGGGCAUUAAGGACGAUCUUCUCCGUGGAAUAUAUGCAUACGGGUUCGAGAAGCCCUCGGCCAUUCAGCAGAGAGCCGUGAGACCGAUUAUCGAGGGGCGAGAUGUCAUUGCUCAGGCCCAGUCUGGAACAGGCAAGACGUCCAUGAUUGCCCUUACCGUUUGCCAAAUGGUUGAUACAUCGAGUAGAGAAGUACAGGCCUUGAUCUUGUCCCCUACGAGAGAAUUGGCAACUCAGACAGAGAAAGUAAUAUUGGCCAUUGGCGACUACAUUAAUAUACAAGCACACGCUUGCAUUGGCGGCAAAAGUGUAGGUGAAGAUAUCAGGAAGCUCGAGUUUGGAGUUCAGAUUGUAUCAGGAACUCCUGGAAGAGUCUGUGACAUGAUCAAGAGAAGGACAUUGCGUACCAGAGCCAUUAAGUUGUUAGUUCUGGAUGAGUCUGACGAGAUGUUGAGCAGAGGGUUUAAAGACCAGAUUUAUGAUGUGUAUAGAUAUCUCCCACCAGAACUUCAGGUUGUCUUGAUUUCUGCUACCCUUCCUCAUGAAAUCCUGGAGAUGACAAACAAGUUCAUGACGGAUCCUGUGAGAAUCCUUGUCAAGCGUGAUGAGUUAACUUUGGAGGGUAUUAAGCAAUUCUUCGUUGCAGUUGAAAGGGAAGAGUGGAAGUUUGAUACCUUAUGUGAUCUUUAUGACACCUUGACUAUCACUCAAGCUGUAAUUUUCUGUAACACUAAGCGGAAGGUUGAAUGGUUAACUGAGAAGAUGCGUAGUAAUAACUUCACAGUUUCACAUAUGCAUGGGGACAUGCCUCAGAGGGAAAGAGAUGCAAUCAUGGGGGAGUUCCGAUCAGGAACUACUCGUGUCCUAAUCACCACUGAUGUUUGGGCACGAGGGCUUGAUGUUCAGCAGGUAUCACUAGUGAUAAACUACGACCUUCCAAACAAUCGAGAACUUUACAUUCACAGGAUAGGAAGAUCUGGUCGGUUUGGGCGCAAGGGUGUUGCCAUUAACUUUGUGAAAAGCGAUGACAUAAAGAUCCUGAGAGAUAUUGAGCAGUAUUACAGUACCCAGAUUGAUGAGAUGCCCAUGAACGUUGCUGAUUUGAUUUAACGUACCUGUUGCUUGAUAAUGUUUGUGCUGUGUGGAAGAUUUGUGUUAAUAUGCUGCUGCUCGCAUUGGAGGUUUUGUGUCCUUAUGAGUGCUUUUUUAAAAUUUUUAUGGCGAUACUGUAGCGUAGGAUGUUUAACAAAUCACCUUUUUCUAAAGUGGGGCUUGGAUUUGUCCAUAAAAAUUGUAUAAUACCUGUGAUUGUUCUUCAUUUUCCCAAGUGAAAGGAACUCAGAUUAUAUUUUUGAUUGACCUGAGAUAUAUUCUGAGAUUAUAUGCCUUUCAUAACUUUGGAUUGGCUGAGGAAUGCCAUUCUUUUGCAAUGACUUUUAA